AGCGCGCGCGACGGCGCGCGCGCGGCCAGCUGCGCGGCCCGCGCGGCGGCCAUGGCGGCCGGCCAGGCAGCCCUGUGGGGCGGCGUGGCGGGCUGCCUGAUGCCGCUGGCGUGCGCCGGCGGCAUCGCCAGGUGCUGUGGAUGUGCCCCAGAUCAUCGGACAGGAAGCGGGCACGAGAUCCCGAGGCAGCCUGUUGGCCUCGUCGGCGUGUUCGGCGCGGUCAUCGCGAGCUCGGCAGCCGCGGUAGGUGCGCUGGCAGCCAGCACGGUCGCAGCAGGCGUUGCGGUUGGUGUUGUCGCUGCGGUUGGAGUGACAGGAUUGCCGUUGCGUGUUCCAGGCGCGCUCUCCACGGUGGGACCGAAAUUCCCACGGUGCCCUGCGCCUCUCCUUGCCCGCCGCUGCGCCGUCUGCGAGAGGGGGCGUGCCCCCUCGUUGUGCCGCUCGGCCCUCCUCCCGUCCGGUUCGCGGUGAUGUUGCCCGCGGCCCCGCCGCCGCGGUCUCGCGAGGACGUGCUCCGGCGGCGCGCGCUGAUCCACGGCAAGGGUUGAUCGGAUGUCGCAUGCGUCUGACAAGUCCGCGCGGCGAGGUGCUCCUCUCCCGCCCUCCCCUCCCAGGGGACGAGGAGGUUGAGAGGGGAGGACCCACAUCGCCUGGCUCACCCACCCUCGUGCCCCGCGGAGCGGCGGGCGCCAGGCGCGGCCAUCUUCGCGCCCCUUUCAUUCGGCGACGGAAAACGGGAAUUGGGAGCAGGACCGCCGCAUCCGCCUUCGCGAGUGCAUCCGCAGCUGCUCGGCUGCGCGGUCACUCCGCCACGCCCCGCUGCAUCCCCGAGAACCGCUCCAGCGACCGCGGCGGCGGCUGCCAAGGCUGGGCGCUCGGUCCCGCCGCGGUCGCACGAGGUCACCAGCGGCCCCUCCGCGGCUGGGUGUCUGCUCACCUACAGGGCAGUUUUUAAUACAUAGCAUUUAAAAAAUCCGCCGAUCUGGCGUGUGAGUUUAUGUGAGUUUCUGAGAGCGCGGACUUGAGCUCGUUCAAGCUUCGCUCUGGAGGGGGG